CUCUCGUCCGCUUUUAGAGUAGCUUUUGUUCUUCCCGUUCUUCGGCCUAGGCGAAGGUCAGUGGGUAGUUUUAGGUGUUGUGGGAGUCGAUUGCAGGUUAGAGGCGAGGUCGGUGAGUCGCUCGUGCAGCGGCCGGGGCUUUUCUUCGCCUUUGACGAAGAUCGAUUUACUCGCAGAAGAGUUUGGUGGGGCAAUGUUUGAUUUUCGUUUUUGCUCAAUUAUGGAAAAGGUGAUGAGGAAGAAGAUAUAUAACAACAAUCGGCCAUCUGGAUUGGCUGGGCAGAGUUUGAUCUCUAUCCAGAAAUGCUGGGCAAAGUUUGAUCUCUAUCCAAUCGCAAAGGGGGCUGAACUUCCGGUGGUGGGAGUUGUUAUCACGGAUCGUCCCCCUCCUGAACUGCCGCUGUGGAGAGCAGGGAAGUCUAGGGUUUGGAAGCAUCUUUUCAAUUUUACUGUUAGCUUGCGUUUUAGUUUUCUUUAUCAGACUGUUUAUUGUUCUGUUGAUUAUUUUUAUUAUUGUAAGACUCUUGCAUUAGGGUUGGGGAUGAGAGUUCUGCAGUAACCAUUAAUGGCUCAAUUAUGCCCAAUUUCGGAUCAGCGAGUUAUAUUGCCUUGUCAAAGGUGAUUAACUCAUAGUCUGGCCCAAGGGCGGAUGGUUGCUUGUGGUGCUUUUGUUAUUUUAGCUCCUUUCUGAAUGCUGUGAUAGAUGUAGAGAAAAUUGAAGUAGACGAAGAUGAUUAAAGAGUAGGAAGAAUUGGAAAAUGGAUAUUGAAAAAUGUUUAGAAAAUGG